AUGGAGAAGGCUAAAGAUAUCUUGGAAGACUUGGUAGGAGAGAUUGUGAAACACAUUUGCAUGGUUGUCCAAAAAAGGUCACCAGAAAGACCCACUGGAGAUCUUCGGGAAAGAAUGAAGAACAAACGUCAAGAUGUUGAGGCAGAGCCACAGAAACGAAGUACAGAGGAAUCGUCCUCUCCUGUUAGGAAAGAGUCUUCACGAGGAAGACAUAGAGAAAAGGAGGAUAUCAAAAUUACAAAGGAGAGAACACCAGAAAGUGAAGAGGAAAAUGGGGAUUGGGAAACAAAUAGAGAAGACUCUGAUAAUGGAGAUGUUAAUUAUGAUUAUGAUCAUGAGCUGUCUUUGGAAAUGAAGCGCCAAAAGAUUCAGAGAGAACUCAUGAAGUUGGAACAGGAAAACAUGGAGAAACGAGAGGAAAUAGUCAUUAAAAAAGAGAUUUCUCCAGAGGUGGUUAGAUCUAAAUUAUCACCAUCGCCAUCACCAAGGAAGUCUAGCAAAUCUCCAAAACGAAGAUCCAGUCCUAAAUCAUCUUCUUCAGCUAGUAAGAAAGAGAAGAAAGCAUCUACAAUGUCUUCCCCACUUCUGGAUCAGAGGAGUUCUAAAAGUAACCAGAGUAAAAAGAAAGGUCCUCGUACACCUAGUCCUCCUCCUCCAGUACAAGAGGAAACCUCCCUGGGAAAAAGACACAAAGAAAAACAUAAAGCAAAAGAACGUUCAGAAGAAAAGGCAAGGGAGGUGAAGGAGAGAGGGCGUGACUUUGAAAGGCACAAGGAGAAAAAAGAGAAGCAGAGGGAUCCCUCUGAAAGCUCCCAUAGACAGAAGCUUUCUCCUAGUCCUGCAGAUCACUCUGGCAGUAAUUCUUCCCCUUCCAGGGAGUAUUCACCACCUGCUGCAAGGCGAAGACAAACCUCCCGAGCUCCAGCCAAGUCAACCACUCACAAACGUAACUUCUCACCCUCUCGCAGGUCUGCUUCCCCUUCAGGUCAUCAUCAUUCUCCCAUAUCCUCCAGACAUCACUCCUCUUCAUCACAGUCAGGCUCCUCUGUUCAAAGACAUUCUCCUUCCCCACGCCGCAAAAGAACUCCUUCUCCAUCCUAUCAAAGGACAGCUUCCCCGCCUGCAAGGCGAUCAUCUUCUCCCUAUCCCCCGCACUCUUCCUCUUCUCCUCAGAGGAAGCGAAGCCCUUCAAGACACCGAUCUCCUGGAAGAGAAAAGGGAAGACAUGAUCGUGAUCGGACUUCACAGUCUCAUGAUAGGCGCCAUGAAAGGAGGGAUGAAACUAGAGGGAAAAGGGAAAAAGAAAGAGAAACAAGAGAUGAUCGUGAUUAUGACCAGGAGCAGAGUACCUCCAGGGAUCAUAGAGAUGACAGAGAGUCUCGUGAUGGAAGAGAUCGGAGGGAGACAAGAGACAACAGAGAUCGGAGGGAGCCAAGGGAAUCCAGAGACACUCGAGACUCUAGAGAUACGAGGGAUUAUAGCAGAGAUACCAAAGAUAGUCGUGAUCAGAGAGACUCGCGCUCCACACGAGAUUCCCAUGACUACAGAGACAGAGAGAGUCGCGACGCUCAUAAAAAGGAUGACCAGUAUCAGGAGGACUCGCGCAGCUAUGGAAGAUCCCAUGGCAGAGAAGAGAGCUCUCGUGCUGAAACAAGGAAUGACUCUAGAAGUGACUCCAGAAAUGAGAGCAGAAGUGAUAGAACUGGCAGAAGUCGAGGCAGAGGUCCAGAAUUAUCUGACAAGGGAAGUCGGGGGACUAGAGGAUCCCAGGUUGAUGGUCACAGCAGUAGUGGAAACUACCAUGACAGCUGGGAAUCAAGGAAUAGCUACCCUGAUCGGGAUCGCUAUGACAGUCGAGAACAAGCAAGGGAUUCCUCCUUUGAAAGAAGACACGGUGAACGGGACAGGCGUGACAACAGAGAAAGAGAUCAGAGAGCAAGCUCACCAGUACGACAUCAAGGACGAAGCGAUGACCUCGAGCGGGAUGAAAGAAGAGAAGAGCGAAGGGUAGAUCGGUCUGAUGAUAGGAGAGAUGAAAGGGCCCGGGAGAGAGAGCGAGAAAGGGAGAGGGACCGAGAGAGGGAACGAGAGAGAGACCGGGAAAGAGAAAGGGAGAAGGAAAGAGAGUUGGAACGAGAUCGUGCUCGGGAGAGGGAGAGGGAGAGAGAGCGGGACAAAGACAGGGACCGCGAGCGUGACCGAGACAGGGACCAUGACAGGGAAAGGGAACGAGAGAGGGAGAGGGAGAAGGAGCGAGAGCGAGAGCGGGAGGAACGAGAAAGGGAGCGAGAGCGUGAAAGAGAUCGAGAGCGGGAACGAGAAAGGGAGAGAGGUCGGGAUAGGGAUAAAGAAAGAGACCGCCAGAGAGACUGGGAUGACAAAGAAAAAGGAAGGGAAGAUCGCAGGGAUAAGAGAGAAGAUAUCCGAGAAGAAAGAAGUUCAAGAGAUGUCCAUGAGGAAAGAAAAUCCAAGAAGCGUCACAGAAAUGAAAGCAGUCCAAGUCCUCGUCAGUCACCCAAACGUCGCCGUGAGCACUCUCCUGAUAGUGAUGCUUACAACAGUGGAGAUGAUAAAAAUGAAAAGCACAGACUUCUGAGCCAGGUUGUGCGGCCACAGGAAUCCCGGUCACUAAGCCCCUCUCACAUUACAGAAGAGCGGCAGAGUCGCUGGAAAGAAGACGAGCGAAAAUCGGACAGAAAGGAAAGUUCGCGGCGUUAUGAAGAAUCAGAGUUUAAAGAGAGGAUUUCUUCAGCAGAUAAGCAAAGAGAGCAACCAGAUGCUUCAGAAGGCUCCCGGUCCAGGGUUCAGGAACAUCUUGGACACCGUCCCUCUGAAGAAAGAGAUGCUUCUGAUAGAAUGCAUGAUGAUAGCAAGAAGAAGUCUAAAGUACAGAAAAAGGCCACAAAGAAGAAGAAAGAUGAUGACAGUGGGGUGGAAAGGUACACUAAUGAAUCAACGACUGAGGAAAGCCAGGUCUUUUCACCCAAGAAAGGUCAAAAAAAGAAAAAUGUAGAGAAAAAGCGGAAGAGGUCCAAGGGUGAUUCUGAAGUUUCUGAUGAAGAAAUUGUUCCACAUCAUAAAAAGAAGAAAGGCCCAAGAACACCCCCUGUAACAAAAGAAGAAUUGGUUGAAGCACCACCUGAGAAAGCUGUGGCAGAAGUCCCCCAAAAAAGAGAAGAUACAACAUUUAGUGACUGGUCAGAUGAAGAUGUUCCUGAACGCGGUGAUAUUGUUGUUCCAGAAAGAAGCACUGAGGACUCCCAUAGAAAAAGUCACAGGACGAGGGGUGAAAAGGUGGAAGCCCCUCAUGUUACUAUAGACGAUGGACCACACCGUAAACCCGUGGAUCAGAAGCGCAGCAGCAGCCUUGGUAGCAAUCGGAGCCAUGCCUCAAGCAGACUUAGAUCCCCUUCCAAUGAGUCAGCUCAUCGCAGUGGAGAUGACCAGACUGGACGGAAGAGGAUCCUGCACAGUAGCUCUAGAGACAGGGAUAGGGACAGGGAAGUAGAAAUCACUGGGGAACGGAAGUCCAGAAUUGAUCAGUUGAAACGAGGGGAACCCAGUCGCAGCACAUCUUCAGAUCGUCAAGAUUCAAGAAGCCACAGUUCAAGAAGAAGUUCUCCUGAAUCAGAUCGUCAGGUCCAUUCCAGAUCUGGGUCCUUUGAUAGCAGGGAAAGGCUUCAGGAGCGAGAUCGACAUGAACAUGAUCGAGAACGAGAGAGAGACAGGAGAGAGGGAAGACAGAGAGACUGGGACCGAGAUGUUGACAAAGACUGGCCGAGGAGCAGGGAACGAGAGAGACUCAGAGAACGAGAGAGGGAAAGGGAGAAAAGGCGGGAGCUGGACAGAGAGAGAGACAGACAACUACCCGAUACUGCUGAAAGAGAGAGAGACAGAACUCUUGAUAUCUCCUCUCAGAAAGAAUCAACAAAACACAGUGAAAUGAAACUGGACAGAGAUCACGAAAAGGAAUUCGAUGGUGUUUGUCGGGAUUCAGUGGCUUCAGAAAAAGAAAGAACAGACAAAGAUUUAGGACCUUUACAAGGUUUUGAAGAUGGAAAUGAGGCCGAAAAAGUAGAGAGUUUAGAAGGAGGAGAAGAUGAAGCAAAGAUUGAUGAUGUACAGUCACUGGGGUCUGGUGCUGGAGAAUACGAGCCAAUCAGUGAUGAUGAACUGGAUGAAAUUCUGGCAGGUGAUGCUGAAAAGCGGGAGGAUCAACAGGAGGAUGAGAAGAUGCCUGAUCCUGUGGAUGUAAUAGAUGUAGAUUGGUCCAGUCUUAUGCCAAAGCAGCCAAAAGAACCACGGGAGCCUGGGGCUGCGCUCUUAAAAUUCACACCAGGUGCCGUUAUGUUGAGAGUUGGCAUUUCCAAGCGAUUGGCAGGACCAGAACUCUUCACCAAAAUUAAAGAGACUUGCCAGAGAGUGUUAGAGAAACCUAAAGAUGCCGAGAACCUUUUUGAACAUGAACUGGGGGCCUUGAACAUGGCUGCACUUCUACGAAAAGAAGAGAGAGCAGGUCUUCUCAGUAAUCUGGGUCCUUGCUGUAAAGCGCUAUGCUUUCGAAGGGAUUCUGCAAUCCGUAAGCAGCUAAUGAAGAACGAAAAGGGUGCGACAAAACAAACUUACACAAAUUCUGCAGCAAUGGACAGUGACUUGUUACGGUUGAGUCUACGGUUAUUCAAACGAAAGACUGUGUGUCAAGUUCCUGGGCAGGAAAAGACAGAGGAUAGUAAAAUUCCACAACCGGCUAUCCAGCAAGAAGUGUGUGUGUCUUGAGUGAAUGACCGCGGUGGCACUUUCUAGUUGAUUUCCCACUACCGAUGUUGGUAUUGAUGUUUAGAACUGGUUGGUUGGAAAGCAGCCGUAGAAGAUGGAAGAAAAUACUCCGUUUGUACACAGAUAAGAAUUACUGGGUUUGGAUGUGAAUAAAAGGGGUAAAAAAUAAAGACUUCUGUGUGAAGUUCUCUGCAAGUUUUGUAACAUUGAAUCUUACACUGUAACAUAAACCUGUUUUAUGGUGCAUCAAGUGUAAUAAUGUGAAGAUGUCUGGUUUUAGCAGUUUAUAACACCACCUGAUAUUAAACUGAAGAAAACUG